AUGACCGACGACACUUUCAUUUUCGACGGCGGUGAGCCCAUUGACGAGAUCAACAUUGGUGACGACAUGGCCGAUGUGGAGAUCUCGGGCAAUGGCGACGACGAGGAUGAGCUCUUCGACUACAUCGAGGUCCCAGAAGACCCCGAGGAUGACGAAUUCAAGCUGGAUGGCCCUGAUGACUUCGACGCCGUUGAUGAAGCCGCCGCCACCGCCGGAGAAGAAGAAGAUGAUGAUGAUGAUGAUGGAAAGGGCAAAGGGUACGAUCCCGAGUACAACGACAACGUCACUGGUAAUAAGUGCAAGCGUGUCAAGUUUGCUUUCAAUGCCGCCACCACAGCCUCCGUUCAGCGCUCAGCUAUGCGCACACAGGCCGACAAUGCUGAGGCCUUCUUCCUAGAGGAAGACGAUGUGCUUACCACCAAGCCCUCUUCUCGUGUCCCUGGUACCUUUGGUCGCGUGAACCGCAAAAAGGGUGAGACCCUACCGGCGUAUCAUAAGCGCGUGUCUCAUGAGUUGGACUCGGACGAUGAACUCAUGAUGGAGAUGCGUGAGAAGGGAUUCAGCGACCGCCAGAUUUCUGACAAGCUGGCAAAGGAUGGUCGUGUUCGCUACGACCAGAAGUCCAUCUCUACGCGUAUUAUGCGUAUUCGCUUGGCCCAGGCUGGAAAUGUCGACACCCUUCUCAAGGAUGGGAUGAAGGAAUGGGAGUUCGAUGAUGACUGUCUCCUCAUGCAGGCUUUUGCCCUGGCCGACAUCGAAGUCAACUACGAGGUCGAGCGUAUUCGUGCCUGGCGCUUCCGCAAGGUAUCCGAGUAUAUGCGUCGCCUUAACAAGGAGGCGCUGUUCUCUGCCAACGCCUGUCGCGAGCGAUACGACGCGAUUGUCAACGGUACAGCGCAGAUCCCAACCGAGAUGGAUGAUGAUCCAGACACCCGUCGCUACGAGCUGGAGAAGUAUCGUGUGGCCCGUGAAGAGGCUCGCAUGAAGGAGAAGAAUGAGAAGCAGGCUCAUGAGGUCAAAGAGCGCAUGGCCAAAGAUAAGGCCCGUAUCUUAAACGCCCAGAAGGCCGAAGAAGUUGCACACAGGCGCCAGCAGAAAGAGUCCGAGAAAGCCGAACGUGCCCUGAAGCGCGCGACUGCAGCACAGGUCAGGCUCCAGCGUGCAGGCGAGAACGCCGCCGCAAAGACCAAGCGCAAUGCGCAGAUCCAGAAGCAGAAAGCUGCUCUAGACAAGACCAUCUCCAAGGCAAAGGGUAGGGGCAAGGCCGCUUCCACCACAAAGCAGGCGCCGAGCCUGAACGAUACCUUAACUCUCACUACUUCCAAGGUCACUACGGAUACUCCAGAUCCGCGCAGCUAUCUCUCCGUUCAGGACCUCUCCAAGAUGUGCGCCGAUCGAGGCUUCGUUACCAAGGGCAAAGACAAGGACGAAAUGCUUGGUGAGCUGCGCGAUGCCGAUGAGGAGUGGUCACUUGCCGACUUGCAGAAAAUGUGCCGUACCAAGGGCUUGAACGUUGGUGGCAGCAAGUUCCAGCUGAGGUACGACUUGGCGUAUGCUGCUGCUCAGGUGUACAAGUCGUUCCGUGCCGGUGCCAUCGCUGCCGACUCCGCCAACGAGGACGUGGUCAUGGAUGAAGAGGAGUAG